GUUUCUGAAAUCUUUAGAUGGAUUUCAAGGAAGACUCCAGUACAGCUACAUUUCUUACUUCUCUAAUUUUUGGUGAUUUCUAUGAGCAAGCUCUUGAUCUACUAAACAAAUACCCAGGAGUAGUCUUGAUCAAGGAUGUUGACAGAGUUACUGCCAUGGAUGCACUCUCAAGGAAGCCAUCUGCAUUUAAAAGUUCAUUCCCAACCAGAAGAAGUGGAAUUGGGACCUUGGGAUAUUAUUUUCAGAAUUUUAUGUACUCAUUGCUAGAUGUCCAUGUCGAUGCAAAAAAUGCAUGUUGCCACACAAGAGGAGACGUGGAAAAUUCCUUCGAUGCUAACGGAGAAAGAACUCAAGGAAGUUUUAUAUGUGGGAAGGGUCUAAGCUUAUGCUUCCAUGGGCUGUUUCAGAAUGCACUUAAACUAGUGCCUGGUCACGAACACAUCUAUCAUGAGAAGUUGAAGCAUAAUAAAGCUACUGUGCUACUUAAAGAAGUCUGGAGGCUAGUAUCAGAAAUUAGCGACCUUGGCCAUGUGGAUAUUGAGGAUGUAGUGGUUGCAGCAAUGUUUCAAGCAACCCAGAAUGGGAUUGUUGAAUUUAUCCAAGACAUUAUCGACAACUGUCCUCAGCCUCUAUCACAAUUGUAUCCCAAGUCUGAAGGUUCAGAUUAUGAAGGCCAAACAAUAUUUCAUUAUGCAAUCAUCAACCGCCAGGAAAACAUAUUCCGCCUUAUCCAUGGUCUAGGCCCAACCAAGAAUGAUCUUGCAAGGUUAGCAGAUAAUUCAAAGAACCUCAUGUUACAUCUAGCUGCAAAACUAGCACCUAUUCAGAGGCUCAAUCAAGUUCCUGGUGCGGCUCUCCAAUUUCAACGUGAGCUACUAUGGUAUAAGGAAGUGGAAGAAAUUAUACCCUCAACCCAUGAAGAGUUUCAAAAUAAGGAUAAUAAAACACCAAAAAUGUUAUUCAUAGAGGAGCAUAAAGAACUAUUAAAUGAUGGAGCAACAUGGAUGAAGGAAACAGCAACACAAUGCAUGGUGGUGGCAACACUAAUCACUACGAUUAUGUUUGCAGCCGUGUUUACUAUACCAGGCUCCAAGGAGAGUGAUCAUACCGGAGAACCCAAUUACAUACAUGGCAAGUUUCCUAUAGUUUAUGUCAUAUCAAAUAUAUUAGCACUUUGCUCUUCCGUCGCUUCAAUGUUGAUCAUUCUAACCAUUAUUACUUCAAGAUAUUCGGAAGAAGACUUCUUGAGGACUUUGCCGCAGAUGCUGAUGAUGGGCCUUUUCUUUCUCUUCUUCUCUAUAGUGGGGAUGAUGAUAGAAUUUGUAUCAGCUAUCUUAAUUAUGCUUCACUUCAAUGUUCUCUGGGUCUCCGUUCCAAUUGUCGUCGUAGCAAGUAUCCCAAUCACUAUAUAUGCUUUGGUGGAACUUCCCCUUUUCAUACAAUUGAUAUUUGCAACAACCUCGGCAGAUGUUUUCGGGAAGAAACCAAAAAAAGCAUGA